AUGAUCGAAACGGUGUUUACGAGCCAAACUCUUAUGGGAUUAAUCUCCGACAAAGAAUCCUUCGAAUCCAUCACCGACGACUAUUUUCAGAUGCUAGAUCUGGAUAAAGACGGGAUGCUGUCGCCGUCGGAGCUCCGGCAAGGGUUGAACCGUGUGGUGGCGGUGGAGUCUGAAGUGGCGUCGGGAGAAGAGACAGAUCAUGUCUACAAUGCGAUUUUCGAGAGAUUCGGCGAAAAAUUGGUCCCGGAACAAUUUAGGGAUUUGAUGGCCGAGAUUCUGACGGCGAUGGCUAGAGCAUUCGGAAACUCGCCGGUAAUCAUGGUGGUGCAUAACGAUGGCUUGAUCAUGAAAGCUGUUCAACACGAAUCCAAACAAGGCAAGUGA